CAAGAUGACUGCGGACCAGAAAAUGAGAGAUUUAUUCCAUCACUUUCCUAAGCCAGGUGAAAACAGUGCUUUGCUUUUAUAUUUCCUGCCCAAGACAAGUUCUGAAAACCUGCAAUGAGCUUUAAAUUAAAUUAGAAUUUCCAUUCCAUUCCAUUCCAUUCCAACUAUAGCCCAUUUCACCAGAUGCAUGAAUUAUUAUCCUGAAUUAUUGGGUAAUUUUGGGGCGUGGGAUGGGGGUGGUAAACAAUCAGGACUGUUUUUUUAAAGUACAUAUUUCAUGGACGAUAUUGUGUGCAAAUAUACUUGCAGAUAACCAAAUAGAUAUCCUGCUUCAUUAGCUAACCUCAUUCAUUCAUUCAUUCAUUCGUAUGUGCAUACAUCCAUGCUCUGUGCCCUAGGUUAUUUUGCUUAUGCCUUUCUCCCAUUGUACAGGAGGGCAAGAACAUGGUCAGAAUCAAAACUCCUCUAAAAAGCAGGGGCCUUUAGUCAAAAGGAAACUGAUACACACACCAGCAGGGGGAGUCGAUGGAUUUCACCUGGAGAAACCAGUCAAACUAGUGUCCUUGGGUUUCAGCCAGGUUGGAUCCCAUUGGAUUAAAGCUGAAAACAGCCAGACAACUAGGCUGUCUCUUUGGCAAUAUAUAAACCUGUAUUCUUAAUACCAAAUGAAAAAAGAUACACUAGGAACACCUUUAAUGACUUGCUGCGCAAUAUCUUAAGGAUAGAGGAAGUCCUAGAUUCACAUCAGAAACUCCACAAUGUUGCCACCAUGGAAAAUGUGUUGUGCCAACCAUGGCUAUUACCACUUCGUGCAAAAGGGGGAGAAAAGAAUUGCAGCUCCAACACAGAAGAAAAAAGUUAUGUCUGAAAAGUUGUUUGUUCCUUCUUUAGAAUAUUCCAUUUUUUCUUGUGUGUUGAUAAAUUUGUGUUACUUCUUUUCAUCACAGAUCAUUUAAGGCCCAUAGAAAAGCCAUGGCUCUUCAGGGUUUGGGAUAUCGACCAGAAGUUCCUGUUCCUGAAGAACAACAUGCUGGUAGCAGCCCCCAAAGAUGGCAACUCACCCGGUAACAAUGGUUAUGAUCCCUUGACAUCUCUCUGCUGCGACCUACACUGCUACUGAUUGAACACUUGUGCAAAUUCUGGGACUGGGUAACCAGGUGUCAGGAAGUGUCUGAUACAGCAGCACUGUCUUCAAGUAGGGUCAGAAAUGGUGCUCCAUAACUUUUCCAUGGUCACACCCCACUCUUAUCACACUGAUCUUUGCCUGUUUUUUGGUUCCAGAUUACUUGGUGGCUAUGACCCCCAACAGAGAGAUGGAUGAAAACAAAUUCCCCAUCUUUUUGGGCACCCAAGAUGGAGCACAAAGCCUCUCCUGUGGUGAAUCUGGGGGUCAACCUCAGCUGACCUUGGAGGUGGGUUUCACUUCUGGUUCAAAGCCACAUUCGAUUGUUUCAAAUUUCUUCUGCUUGUUUAGAUGCAUCCACCAUGACAAAGACUUUAGAUAUUCUCUGCUGUUUGCUCAUUCUUUUUUUCCUUAAUCACUGCAUUCCAUUCUUCUCUCUGUUAUCCUUCUGUGCUUCUUCCCUCUCCUUUGUCUUCUUAGCCUGUCUACUGGGAGAGGCAAAGAUCUACUGAGGUUUUUACGGGUUGCUUCUGUCCUUUUAGUGAAAGCAAACAUUUCCUGAUUGUAGGUUCUGCAGUAGGUUCUUCAUUAGUUAUGAAUUUCUCCUUAAUUAUCCAGCUUCUGUUUCUAUUUCUUGUUUUGUUUUUUAAAUUCAGGAGUGAAACAAUUCCUGUUUUGGUAUAUAAACAAAGAUUCAAACUUAUGAAAGGCAGACAGGAAUUGAAGCUGAAGAACCAGUGGUGGGUCAGAACUUGUUGGACUUUAACUCCCAUCAGCCCCAUCCAGGACAGCCAAUGGUCAGAGAUGAUAGGAAUUGUAGUCCAACAACGUCUAGAGGGCCACAGGUCCUCCCAUCCUUUGAAUGAAAGGCUUAUCUCAUGGCUGAAUGCUUGGUGUAUUCAUGACACAAUCCAGAUUUAAACUUGAGGCUUCCAGUAAACUUUGAAUUUGUAUAUGCUUUGGUUACAAUCAUUGGGAUUUAGCCCCAAGUCUCGCUUUCUCCCAGGCAACGGAUGGCAUUCAUUUGUGAUGCAGCAGAAGCUUUCUUUCUACUAAACCUUUUGUAUGCUUUUUUUUAUCUUAAAUAGGGUAAAGCCAUUUUGGAUCUCUACAACGAUGGCAAGGAACACAAGAACUUCACUUUUUUUUCUAAAAGUGGCAGCAGAAUAGAGACUGGCAGCUUUGAAUCUGCAGCAUUCCCCGGUUGGUUCCUAAGCACGUUGACCGAGCCAAAUCAGCCUAUUCGUUUGAGUCAUCAAGGAGGUUCUGAGAUCACUCAGUUUUAUUUUGAAAAAGUAAAAGGGGAUUAGAACUUCUGGAAGAGGAAGGAGGUUUUAAUGCCAAUGUAUGUAUAUCCUAAUCAAGUAAAAAAAUGCCUUUCAGUUCUAACAUGUUCAGAACUUCCAGUAUUCACUCAAGCUACAAAAACACAAGGAAAUUGCAGCUAUCAUUUUUACGGAAAGAUAAAAGGUUCACUCUGACCGCUGAACAGUCAGACUUGGCAAAGGAAGCAGACUUCUUUUGAAGCUAAAAGGUAAAGGACCCCUGACAGUUAAGUCCAGCUGUGAACAAUUCUGGGGUUGUGGGGUCCCUCGCUUUACUGGCUGAGGGAGCCGAUGUUUCUCCAGACAGUUUUUCUGGGUCAUGUGGCCAGCAUGACUAAGCCGCUUCUGGCGAAACCAGAGCAGCGCACGGAAACACUGUUUACCUUCCCGGUGGAGCGCUACCUUUUUAUCUACUUGCACUUUUUUUGGUGUGCUUUCAAACUGCUAGGUUGGCAGGAGCUGGGACCGAGCAAUGGGAGCUCACCUCAUCGCGGGGAUUUGAACCGCCGACCUUCUGAUCGGCACAUUGCAGCUGUGUUUCCAGGAAAGGCAAGGAGUUAAACAUGUCCAAGAGAGACCCCUAGUGACUAAAAAAUGUACAGAGCUGCUUAUUGUAUACAAUUGAAUUUAAAGGUGCUUUAUAGAUAAUGAUUUUAAAGGCAAUCAAAAUCCAUAAAAGACUGUCUGUCCUUAGAUAGUACUAUUUAUGCGGGGACCUAAAAAGGCACCCUAAAAGCUGAGUAGAGAGAGUUUGUCUGAACAGAAGACAGCUAAGAAUUCUUAAUACUGUGAUAAUAGGGAAACUCUGAAAACUGCUUUAGAAAGGACAAGACAACUGGAUUUAUGAACUUGAAGAUAAGAGACAGACAGUUACCUUGGGGACAGGUUACCCUGCACGUCUCAAAAUAGCCCAGAGCAGAGACACUUUUGAGCAAUAGAGAAUAAUGCUUUGAAAAAUGUAAGUUUGUAAGAUUGCUCUUAAGGGACCAAAGACAGAAUAUACCUCAAAAGCUAAAACUAGGGUAUGCUAAUAGGGACACCCCAACACUGAAAGUAACACCAGAAAGUAAGUCUCCCAGGCUAAAUACUUGUAAAGAGUGAACUGUGAGUGAACUAAGCCAACCUGACCUGACCUGACCAGCUGAACUGCUGUAGGAAGCUAGGAAGCUGGGAAGCUGGCUAGCUCAAGGGAAGCACCCUUAUCUAAGGGGCAUGCUUUGAGGAUCAAGGUCUCCGGUAUUGUACGAUUGCCAAAUGUAUACAUCAGACAGGUUCCUUGACUCGCUGCAAAUCCUAUGCUAUAAAUUAUGCCAGAAUCUUAGCUUGAAAAUGUUCCUAUGUCAUAUACAGCUUGUCUUUGACCAAUUGGGGUUUUCCACAUCUUCUCUGUGAGGGAGCAGAGAGAGAGAGUGACUACAGACUUUAAAAACCCAUGUAUAAUUCUCGAUCGGUGUGCUGCUGGUUGGCAUCCCAUGCUACAGCACGCACCCAUCUGCGCAAAUGAACUAAUAAAGCCUUCCUAAUUUACCAAUAUUGUCCAAGAUAAUUUUAUUUUUAAGACUCUCAAAGCAUUAAGUCUUGGGGGCCAUUAUUUCAUUUCUAACAACAACCAACUUAUACAACCAGCAUUGCAGAAGGCACUGUCUCCACCUCUCUCUCUUAAAGACUAAAAAAAAUAGUUAUAUGGAUUCACCUUUUGAAUACAAGAGGUAAAAUCCACCUGGGCAUUCUCAAGAGGGCCUGAGAGAUGCUAAAGAAGGUGAGAGAGGAGACUCUUGCCUGUAAAAGCUUUGUUGCUUUACUUCACUUUUCCAAGUGUCAGCUUCUGGGAACAAUAGGAUGCCACAAGCCUUACUCAAGCAUCCUGAUACACAAAGUUUCCUUGAGCAUGCAAAUCACACCCACCAGUGCCAUUAAGCAGCUAUGAAAUGUUGUGUAAAGCCCAGGAGAGACUUCAGAGAGGGAUCUUUCACACUAAGGCACAGUACUUUCUCACAUCAGCGCCUUCAAUUAUUGCUCUGGACUUUCUACCCGUGUGUUAGAACAGGGGCAGACUUUGGUAAUAUGUCGCCCUGAGCAAAGCUAUAAUUUGGCACCUCCCCUUAAAUAUUUCUUAUUUUCACAAAACUUCCUUUUGGUGCAGUUGCUUUUUAUGAAUCUUCUAAGUAGGUACCUGCAUAAAUAUAGCCUUCCUUCAGUCCUUCCACACCCACACUGCCCUAAAUCUGGCACUGCUUAGAAUAUUAGCUUUCCCCGAACCUUCUGCUUUCUGGACAGCUUUCUAUACCAUCUACUGAGCUGUGUAAGCAUGAUGGUCUGUGGGUGUGAUAUGGACUAGAUCCCAUGGAAGGCAACACCCAAGCAGGAUUUCCAUGUAAUCAAAACAAAAACUACAUGCAUUUAUGGUGAUUGGAGUCCAUCUGGUAUUUAAAUGGUGCAAGGGGAAUAAAAAUACUUCUAAAACUAGCAACAAGCAUUAAGAAUAAACUGCAGGAGAUUUCUUAGGCAAAGGUCUUUCUACAUACAGUAAAUGGUUCUGGUAAAUCUUGAUUUCAAGCUAUAUGCUGCACUAGCUUCAGUGAGAAAGCAAUCAAACCUCCCUUGCAUCUGCCUGCUUGAAUUUUGCAGACCCUUCGCCUGGUUUUGACAACUUAUUCUACCAGAGCGGGGCCCAUAGUUCAUUGGGGGUGAAGUUGGAGGUGCAGCUGCACAGAAAUUUUCAAACUCAUAUAGAUGUAGGGAAAGUGGCUUCUUUAGUCUAAGGGCUCCCCUAGAUGAUCUGUUCAUUUAGUACUCUUUGAUUUGCUUGUACAGAGGUUAUACAAUGUCCGCUCUUCAUUGAACAUUUGUUCUGAUUUGCUUGUAGGGUGGUUAUAUAACAGUGCACGUCCUUAUUUGUUUGCACAAAGGUUACUGUAUGUGAUGGACUCUAGUCACCAUCAUCCCUGGCUGGCUUGGGCUGACAGUAGUUAGAGCCCACCAACAUCUGGAGCUCUGGGAGGAAAACCUUUCAUUGCCUACAGAAAGCCACCCAAUCUUAAACAGCUCCUCACACACAAUAAUACAACAACCAGAAUUAACAUGGACACUGGCACAAGAGCCUGCAAUAAAUCUAGAUGCCAACUUUGUUGCCAUGUACACCCAGACAGCAUCAUUAUUGGCCCCAAUAACAUCAAACAUACUGUAAUGGCUAUCGGGUGGUUGCUCGAGAGCAAUCAGGCAAGAUGCCUCACUGGUCUGUUCUAAAGCUUUAUUAUUGGUGCUAAAAAACCUUUACAAUGUGGAGUGCCUCUAUUCCAUGUCUUGCUCAUUCACUAGCAGAAUCUGAGAGUGGGCGGUCCUUAAAUCAUCCCCAGUAGAGUAGUCUCUUGACCCCCAGCCUACGCCUCCCCUCUCUGCGUGAAAGCCUACUGCGCAAGGAAGGCUUGGGUAAAGGGGGACCUCUCUCCUCCCCGCUUUGCUCAGGCAAGGUGUCCUGGCACCGCCUUGCCUCCUCUGAGCCCUACAUCUCCUCCCCACUAGAGGCGUGACUUCCUUCCUCCGCUGAGGAAGUGCUGCUUCCCACGAUCUUUGGGGGCUCUCUGUAAUCCAUCCGCCUUCCCCCUGCCCCGCUCCUGAGCCGAUGGCAGUUCCCGGACACAUACCAUCUCAGGCCUAUUUAAUUGUUCAUCUUCCAACAUUAUAUAUGCUAUCAAAUGCCAACAGUGCCCUUCAGCUCUUUAUAUUGGACAAAAAGGAAAACUUUACACCAAAGGAUAAAUGGGCAUAAAUCUGACAUCAGGAAUCAUAAAGCAGGGAAACCAAUAGGAGAGCCCUUCAAUCUCCCAGUCCAUUCUGUGCAGGAUCUUAGAGUGGCUGUCUUAUUGCAAAAGAAUUUUAGAAAUACACUUGAAAGAGAAGUUGCUGAAUUACAACUCAUUACCAAACUAAAAACUAUGGAGAGACCUGGUCUGAAUAGAGAUAUUGGAUUCAUGUCUCAUUAUACAUACUAAAGCUAAUUUUGGUCCUCUAUCGCUUUAAAAAUCCCUUGCCCUUCCUUGUGGAACCAACUGCGAUAACAGUCAUCAACAGUUAUAAGGUUGAAGUGACCUCCGCUUCAGAGUAUCUGACAGAAGUGUGUAUUACACACGAAAGCUCAUAUCUUGAAAGCUUAUAUUUAGUUGAUCUGGAAUCUUUCAUCUUUGUUUCAUCUUUCACCUUGUUAUUUAUUAUGACUAUGACAGAUCAACAAGGCUAUCCACCUGAAUCAACAUCUGGAGUGUCAUGGGUUCCUCACCCCUGGACUGCAAUAUUAGUAUUAUACAAAUUUAUAGAGCAUAAAGCCAUGUACAAGAGAAAAGCAGAAUAAAACACGGAAUUAUGGAAGUGCUGUUCCUCCUUUAUUCCACAAAGUGGAGAUAUUGAUCCAAAUUCUGUUCAGGAGCUUAGCAGUGUCGUGUGGGAAAUAUUCUGGCAGUUAGUAUCCUACCACCAAAUAAAUCUCCCUCCACAUAUCUGAGUUAGCCAAUUCACACCAGUUAGCCCUAGUUCACACCAGUUAGCCAGUGUUGUUGUUGAUGAUGGUGGUGGUGGAAAUAAUGGAGGAGGAGGAAUCAAACUUUAGAAGCACAUUGGAUGGAGGCAAAACUCAGGAUCCUAUUUCCUCAGCAAGCGUUCCAAAUCGCUUUGUCUAUAUCACAAAAUAGGCUCUUGCACCACCCUUUCAUGAUUUUUCAGACCUCAUAGGUUGGUAGUCUUUUUGCAAGAGGACAUCAUUGCAGUGGAAGCCUGCCCAGUCUGGAGAGGUAAAGCACUAUGCAGACCUUUAAGGGCUACUGUCCUUUUAAUUGAAAGCUUUGUGAGUUUGCUUUUACUGGUUUCAGUUAUUUUUUGUCUUGUCUUUUCUUUGCUGUAAAACUGAGAAAAGAAAAAGAAUAAAGUAAACAGGUAAUUAAAGUUCCCGGGGGUGGAGAUAUGCUCAUCCAACAGCCACACUGUCUUAUUGAUACAACAAGCCUUUCAUUUUUUAUUAAGCAUUCAUAAUUUCUUAGGAAACAUGCAUUACAGAGCUUUAUUUAAAAAACAAACAAACAAACAAAACAAAACUGAAAGAGGUUCAUUAUUUACAGUAGAUCUGGAGAGAGCUAAGGGCCUUUCUCUUUUAAAUCCAUGAUGUUUCUGGGUUGGUUCAUGAGCGCCCUUUUUGAGCCAAACAAGCCGCUUGCUCAGAGUCAGCAAAGAGCUGCUGAGAUCACUUUGUUUUAUUUUGAAACCUGCAGCCAUUUCUAAUAGAUCAGAUCCACUGGUGUUAGGGGAAAAAAUCAGAAUGUUGCUGCUAUCCAUGCUUGGCAUCUGUCUGUCUUGGGAGACAAUGGGUCAGUGUACCUUAGGGGGUGAGGACAAACUGUUGGAGAAUUACAGUGCCUGCUGGUGCUGUGGAGACCAAUGCAAGAGAGACAUGUUUUGUUUCAGCUAGGGCAGAUGAAGGCAUCCAGUUGUACUGCUGCGGAUGCACCAUGCUGUUUUUUCUGUCUGCCUACUCACAGUGGUCAUUUCUUCUCUGGUCACUGCUAUGGAUACACAACUUGACUGUCUGUCUCCAGGCACUGGAGUUGUCUGCAAUGGAUUCCCACAAUGCAGCGUUGACGUUGUCAGCCUUCAUGUCACAUUUGCAGUCAUCUUCAUAAUGCAGAGUUGGUCUGCCAAUUGACCACCGGGCUUGGAUUAAAAACUCUCCCAGGAAGCUCUCUAAAACCCUGCAAGUAAACUUGUUAGGUUACUCACAUGUGAUGAUUCUGAACACCAUAAUCAAGGUUCAAAAAUCCUUAGGUGGUAUAAGGUGAAGCCUCAGACAAUGGUUGCAGGCUUUAAAAAAAGAAAUAGCUGGAUGGGAUGGUACCUUAGACUGUUAAUGCAUGACGUUACAGCUCUAUGCAGCUUAGAGAACCUUCCCCUAAUUUCUCUAGUGUGAAGGUUUUCCAAAGUUAGUGGUGAAAGAGAAGCACUCUGGACUUGCUUAAAGGCAGCUUCAUCUAUUCUUAAUAUGCAUUAAUAAUACAAAUAUAGUUAAAGCUAUGGUCUUCCCAGUAGUGAUGUAUGGAAGUGAGAGCUGAACCAUAAAGAAGGCUGAUCACCGAAGAAUUGAUGCUUUUGAAUUAUGGUGCUGGAGGAGACUCUUAAGAGUCCCAUGGACUACAAGAAGAACAAACCUAUCAAUUCUGAAGGAAAUCAGUCCUGAGUGCUCACUGGAAGGACAGAUCCUGAAGCUGAGGCUCCAAUACUUUGGUCACCUCAUGAGAAGAGAAGACUCCCUGGAAAAGACCCUGAUGUUGGGAAAGAUGGAGGGCACAAGGAGAAGGGGACGACAGAGGACGAGAUGGUUGGAUAGUGUUCUUGUAGGUACGAAUAUGCGUUUGACCAAACUGCGGGAGGCGGUGGAAGACAGGAGUGCCUGGCGUGCUCUGGUCCAGGGGGUCACAAAGAGUCGGACACGACUAAACGACUAAAAAACAACAACAACAAAAUACAAAUACAGAGGUGCCAGGUUGGAGCCUUGGUGAAUCCAGAUGAAAGUAAAAACUUGCUUCUGUCCCUUCUCCUGGAGUAUUGCCAAAAUACUCUGUUUCCAUUUCAACCACGAAGGCAAAGAUAAAAUCACUCUCACACAGCCAAGGCACAAGAGCUGGAAAGUUACCAGCUACUGAGUGAGGAAAUGGGAAAUACAUUUUGCAAUUUCACGAUAGUGUGAGCCCCCAGUCAUUUUAUUAUUUGGUGUUGGCGGGUUUUAGUGUUGAUAACCACAAAUAUGUAGGGUCAAAAUCUACGGUGUUGGCCAGAAAUCUUUAUUAGGUCCCAAAUGUAACAAAAUAGUGUGAAGGUCCUCCACCCAUGUUACAAAAAGCAGGGGCGGAUGAGGAAACAACAAUGGAAGCUACAGAUAUUAGGCAGAUAUUAUAGGGAUGAACCGGUGUUUAGAGUUAAUCCCAGAAUGGAGGCGCUAUACUGAAUUAGUUUCUGCUAAUUAGGUCUCUGGUUACCCUAAGGAUUUGGCAAUAAAUGACUGUUCCUCAUUUAUUAAAACCCCACCUCCAGAAAAUAUAGAAUGUAAGAAGAGGCCACUGGAUGAAGCUAGUAGGUGAUCUAGCCAAGCAUUGUGUUCCCACAACUGCUAGCCAGGGACCUAAGCACAUUAAUGAUCUCCCUGUUGUUUUUUAGUUGUUUAGUUGUGUCCGACUCUUCGUGACCCCAUGGACUAGAGCACGCCAGGCACUCCUGUCUCCCACUGCCUCCCGCAGUUUGGUCACACUCACGUUAGUAGCUUCGAGAACACUGUCCAACCAUCUCGUCCUCUGUCGUCCCCUUCUCCUUGUGCCCUCCAUCUUUCCCAACAUCAGGGUCUUUUCCAGGGAGUCUUCACUUCUCAUGAGGUGACCAAAGUACUGGAGCCUCAGCUUCACGAUCUGUCCUUCAAGUGAGCACUCAGGGCUGAUUUCCUUAAGAAUGGAUUGGUUUGAUCUUCUUGCAGUCCAUGAGACUCUCAAGAGUCUCCUCCAGCACCAUAGUUCAAAAGCAUCAAUGCUUCGGUGAUCAGCCUUCUUUAUGGUUCAGCUCUCACUUCCAUACAUCAUUACUGGGAAAACCAUAGCUUUAACUAUACAGACCUUUGUUGGCAAGGUGAUGUCUCUGCUUUUUAAGAUGUUUUCUAGGUUUGUCAUUGCUUUUCUCCCAAGAAGCAGGCAUCUUUUAAUUUCGUGACUGCUGUCACCAUCUGCAGUGAUCAUGGAGCCCAAGAAAGUAAAAUCUCUCACUGCCUCCAUUUCUUCCCCUUCUAUUUGCCAGGAGGUGAUAGGCCCAGUGGCCAUGAUCUUCGUUUUUUUGAUGUUGAGCUUCAGAACAUAUUUUGCGCUCUCCUCUUUCACCCUCAAUAAAAGGUUAUUUAAUUCCUCCUCACUUUCUGCCAUCAAUGUUGUGUCAUCUGCAUAUCUGAGGUGCCUAGUCCCCAGCAAAUGUUAUUCAGGUACUGAGGAAGCAAAGGAAUGAUUGUGUUGUAAUCAAAGGACUCUUCAUAAUGUUCAGGGAGUGGUUUCAUUCUUAGCAUUCUAAGUAGGAUCGGAGCCAACCUUUUCAAGAAGUUCUUUCAAGGCAGUUAGUUUUAAUGUCAUUUUCGAGUGUGCAAGAUGCACUUGCUUGGACACAAGAUGCAUAAUGCCCAAUGUGCUACCAUUUGUUAAGCUGAGCACAAGAGCCUUCCAGGUUGUUCUUGCUCUUGUGGUUGGUGCAGACUAUGAGCCCAGCAAACGUCAGCCUCACCCCCAGCAGAUCUGGAAGAGAGGAAAAGGUGGGGAGAAGUGUUUGGAGAAGAGUGGAAUGGAGUAUUCCUUCAGGGAGUUGAUGGAAUAAAGAAGCUUCAAGCCUUUGUCUCUGGAAUUUUGGAUUCCUUACUGUGUAAAAGUUGGCGCCAGGCUGCUAGCAAUUAAUGCUGGAGAUCAAAGCAGCCAAAGGAAUGAGGAAGCAACAGCAUUUAAUUGAGAUGGGGGAUGAGGCUUGUUGGUCAAUCUCAAUCAAUUAAUACACUCAGCAGCUGAGUCUUCGUAGUUAGUUCUUUUAGCAACGCAAGUGUGAAACUUGGUAGCACAUCCUGUAUGCAAUAGACUUACGCAAACAGCAUUGCAGAAUGAUCUGUCUUCUCUUUUCUCUCAAAUGUUUUAUAAUACAAAUGGUCAAGUGAAUCCAUCCUUGCUCAGAAGUACUUUUAUCACUGAACUUAAAAAACAAACCAACAACCAGAUGGAAAUCCAACUAGGCAUUUCCCAAAGAGCCUGUGAAGUUUUGUGCAGAUGAUAGACCUGAAAAACUGGUUAAAUUAGUAUUUCAAGUGCCAAGAAUCUGACAUGUAAAUAAGCAUGAAGCAUGCAAACCACACCUACCAGCCUCACUGAGCAGCAAUAUAAUGCUGUGCAAAUCCCAGGGGAGAGCAGAGAGAGAAGGAUCUCUCCCAAGGCACAGGACUUUAUCGCACCAGCGCAGGUACCACUUCCUUAAUUACUUAUCUGAACUGCCUGUCUCUGUGUUGAAAUGUUAGUCAUCUACAACCUGCUGCCUUCCAGAUAUUAUUGGACUGCUAUUCCCAUCUUCUAUGAACCCCUAAGUCGGGUUGGAGUCCACAACAUUUGGAAGGCACCAGGUUAAGGACCAGUCUGCUAGAUUGUCUGCUUCCACUGCCAAAUCAUCUGCGAAGCAAUGGAUUUGUAUCUGGCCUUUCCUCUUGCCAAUGUUCCCCAUCUAUCAUGCUUCUUUUGUGCAAGAUAUAUCUUUCGAAACAAGGCAACUUCAAACUAUGGGCUGUGUUGGACAGUGGAACGGAUUUCCUUGGGAGAUGGUGGACUCUCCUUCCUUAGAGGUUUUUAAGCAGAGCUUAGAUGGCUAUUUGUCUGUACAGUGGUACCUUGGUUCUCGAACUUAAUCUGUUCCAGGAGUCCAUUCGACUCCCAAAACCAUUUGAAAACCAAGGAGUGGCUUCCGGUUGGCUGCUGGAGCUUCCUGCACUCAUGCGGAAGCCGCGUUGGAUGGUUGUCUUCCAAAAAACAUUCGCAAACCAGGACACUUACUUCUGGGUUUGCGGUGUUCAGGAGCCAAUUUGUUCGGCAACUAAGCUGUUCGGGAACCAAGGUUUGACUGUAUGAGAAAUGCAUCUGGAAGACAGAAUGUAUCCAGGAGCUAGUGGUCUGACAAGGAGCCCUUCCUGCCUCUGUUCUUUCCCCUUCCCUCUCUCUUGUUAAGUUUUCUGAUGGAAUGCAUUUUGGCUUCUCAUUGCUAUUUUUCAAUAUGAAUGUUUUUGAGAACAGUCCUCAAUGUUUGGGAAUGUUGGCAGGAGGUGAAGCUGCCUUAUCAGUUGUGGAGGAUAGUGCUGGGUACCUUCUUUCAUGUUUGUUGUGGUUUGAGAAAGUGAGGCACUGGGAGGGAGUAGCUAAUGGAUGAUCUGCACGUAGCCAGUCUUGAAGGCUACACAGGUUAUCUAUAAAAUCUGACGGUUUGGGCAGAGUUUCUCUGAAGCCCAUGCAUGGACUGAUCGGCUGCAGGGCUGUGCAAACUGAGGCUACCUGGAGGAGUCACUUUGCCACUUCUUGAGGGCUUCCAAGUGGCAGAUUGAAGUGCUUGCUUGGUAUGUAUACAUUGUUUGCUGUUUCAGAAUAAAAUCUUUAAUCUUCUCACUCACUUGUGUAUUUUGUAUUGCUUCUGAAUCUCAUUUUAAAAGAACCACCUUGCCUUUGGCAAGACACUGUCCUGCACGCUUUAGCUGAGAUUCCUAUAUUUCAAGGGAUUGGAUUAGUUGACCCGAAUAGUCCCUUUCAACUCUACCAUUCUAUGAUCUACGUGUAUAUCUUUAUUGCUUUAAAAUAGAUACAUUUAUGCCAAGAAAGCAAACCAACCAACCAACCAACCAACAAACAAACAUACAAUCAAACAAACAAACAAACAAACAUACAGUCAAAUAAACAAACAAACUAUGAAUUGACAAAGGUUUUACAAUAGUUCACAUCAUUGGGAGUACAAAGGAUGUUAGUUAUAAGAAUUGUGUAGUUUCAUAUAUUGCUACUGUCUGUUUGUCAUUCUAUGGUCUAUAGAUGAAAUAA